AAUAAAUGUGCAAUAAAGAGUAAAAUAAUUGGUAAAGUAAUACAGGUGGUAAUUAUAUAUAAUGAGCAGAGGCAUGACUGAAAACAGUAAACAGAGCAGCAUGCAUCAGAGCAUUGUUUCUUUUUGCAAUACUGACAUUUACCCUAAUUGUCCAAUGUUCUUGUCUCCCCAUCUAGACUGAAGGUACUUCCAUCAGCACAAUGUCUGUCUUCAAUAGCUCUGCCCUAUACCCUCGCUUCCUCCUGACAGGCCUCUCAGGCCUUGAAAGCAGAUAUGGCUUGAUUUCCCUCCCCAUCUUCUUGGUUUACUCUGCCUCCAUUGCAGGGAACAUUACCAUUCUAUUUAUCAUCAGAACUGAGCCUUCCCUCCACCAACCAAUGUAUUACUUUCUAUCAAUGCUGGCACUUACUGACCUGGGCCUAUCCACUACAACCUUGCCUACCAUGUUCAGUGUCUUCUGGUUCCAUGCCCGGGAGAUCUCCUUCAAUGCUUGCCUGGUCCAAAUGUACUUCAUUCAUGUUUUCUCAAUUAUUGAGUCAGCUGUGCUGUUGGCCAUGGCCUUUGACCGCUUGGUAGCAAUUCGAGAGCCCCUGCGCUAUGCAACCAUUCUAACCAAUGAUGUAAUCAUUGGGAUUGCUUUGGUAAUUGCUGGAAGGGCUUUGGCUCUGGUCUUUCCAGCUUCCUUUCUCCUAAAGAAGCUCCAAUAUCAUCCUGUCAAUGUUCUCUCCUACCCCUUCUGCCUGCACCAAGAUCUUAUAAAGACAACUGUAUCCAGCCGUCGAGUGAGCAGCAUCUAUGGCCUCAUGGUGGUCAUCUGCUCCAUGGGACUUGAUUCAGUGCUCCUCCUCCUCUCCUAUAUUCUCAUCCUUGGCACAGUGUUGAGUAUAGCCUCCAAGACAGAGAGGAUGAAAGCCCUCAAUACCUGCAUCUCCCACAUUUGUGCUGUACUCACCUUCUAUACACCAAUGAUUGGGUUAUCGAUGGUCCAUCGCUAUGGGAAGCAUGCUUCCCCAAUUGUCCAUGUGCUAAUGGCUAAUGUUUACUUGCUGGUGCCACCCCUCAUGAACCCCAUUGUCUACAGUGUCAAGACCAAGAAGAUUCGUGACAGAAUCCUCAAGAAAUUCAAGCAACAGAAAGUUUAG